AUGAGUACACCCCCAGAUGUCGAGGAUGGCGAAACGUCCCCCGAGCAACUAGGCUCCGGCCUCGGUUCGGACCUCCUGACUCGUCCCGCCGAGCCCGCUCCACCCAUAUACCUGCAGCUGGCCGAAAGUGACAGCGACUCAGCUGACAUGGCCGAUGAAUACCCGAGCGCCCAGGUGACUGGCGUGGAUCUUUCCCCAAUUCAACCGAAUUUCGUACCGCCGAACUGUACAUUUGAAGUUGAUGACAUGACAUUGCCAUGGACGUACGGACCAGCAAAGUUCGACUUCAUUCAUAUUCGGGAGUUAUUUGGCUGUAUACCCGAUUGGGAUCAAUUCUUCCAGGAAUGUAUGAACGCGCUAAAGCCCGGGGGCUACAUCGAAGUCGUCGAACAUUCUGUCACACCCGUGGCCGAUGAUGCAACCAUGGACUCUGACCAUUUCUUUCACGUGUGGGGAGAAACAGUCCUUCAGGCUGGACAGAAGUUCGGCAAGAGCUUCACGAUAUGGGAAGAGAGUGCCGAUCGGUUACGGAAUCUUGGCUUUGAAGAAGUCGUGGAGCACCGGUAUAAAUGGCCGAUGAAUGGGUAA